UCGGACGUUUCUUCUGUGCCGCUCUUCCGCUGUGGCGUAGGGCUUUUAACGGGAGAGCGGGGAGUCCUGUCGCGGCCUCGCCCGCCUGGGGACAGCGGCGGCUCCGUGCCCUUGCAGUGGUGUGGGGAAAGGCGGAGGCGGCGUGAGGGACGAGGCCGUGGCUGCUGUCCUCAACGAGCAAUUCGGCGAGAGUAGCGCAGGCUAUUACAGAUAUGCAUGAGGAAAAUAAAGCAGCACCAAAUGGAUGUGGCAAAAUCCGAGGUGGCACUCAGAAUGAGGCUGCUUUACUGGCCCUGAUGGAGAAGACUGGAUAUAGCAUGGUUCAAGAAAACGGGCAAAGAAAAUUUGGUGGUCCUCCACCAGGUUGGGAAGGUCCUCCACCACCUCGUGGAUGUGAAGUUUUUGUGGGUAAGAUUCCUCGUGAUAUGUAUGAAGAUGAAUUAGUUCCUGUUUUCGAGAGAGCUGGGAAGAUCUAUGAGUUCCGACUGAUGAUGGAAUUCAGUGGUGAGAAUCGAGGCUAUGCUUUUGUGAUGUACACUACUAAAGAGGAAGCCCAGCUAGCCAUCAAGAUUCUUAAUAAUUACGAAAUUCGUCCUGGGAAAUUUAUUGGCGUCUGCGUAAGCUUGGACAACUGCAGACUAUUUAUUGGAGCAAUUCCAAAAGAAAAGAAGAAAGAAGAAAUACUGAAUGAAAUGAAAAAAGUUACAGAAGGAGUGGUGGAUGUCAUCGUUUAUCCAAAUGCCACUGACAAAACUAAAAAUCGUGGCUUUGCUUUUGUGGAAUAUGAAUCUCACAGAGCAGCUGCAAUGGCUAGAAGGCGGCUAAUCCCAGGAACAUUCCAGCUCUGGGGUCAUACUAUUCAAGUAGACUGGGCAGACCCAGAGAAAGAAGUUGAUGAAGAAACAAUGCAGAGAGUUAAAGUAUUAUAUGUAAGAAAUUUGAUGAUAUCUACUACAGAGGACACGAUUAAAGCUGAAUUCAACAAGUUCAAGCCAGGAGUAGUUGAACGUGUAAAGAAGCUGAGAGACUAUGCUUUUGUUCAUUUUUUCCACCGAGAUGAUGCAAUUGCAGCUAUGUCUGUAAUGAAUGGAAAGUGCAUUGAUGGAGCUAGUAUUGAGGUAACACUAGCAAAGCCAGUUAACAAAGAAGGCACUUGGAAGCAACAUUUUAAUGGUCAGAUAAGUCCUGGUUCUGAAAAUCUUUUAGGGUUUCCUAACAAAGAAGAUGGUCAUCAAAAAUCCUUAGGGAAGCCAGCAAGUCUUCCAGUUCGUCUUAAUGGUCAGCACAGUCCUGGCCCUCCUGAAGUUGAAAGGUGUACAUACUCUUUUUUUCCAGGAAUAAAGCUUACUCCAAUUAGCAUGUAUUCUUUAAAACCCAGUCACUUCAGUUCUGCAGCAAUGCAUCUGGAUUAUUUUUGCAAUAAAAAUAACUGGGCACCACCAGAAUACUACUUGUAUUCAACCACAAGUCAGGAUGGGAAAAUACUCUUGGUGUACAAGGUGCUUAUUCCUAGUAUUGCAGAUGGUUCCCAGAGUUAUUUCAUGCCAGACAAACUCUGUACAACAGUAGAAGGUGCAAAGGAAUUGGCAGCACAGUUCACACUUCUGCAUCUAGCCCCUGAGCAAGCAUAUAUAACUUUGCUGUCCCUGAAUGCAGCCUAG